AUGAGUCACGUGAGCGGGAACAGCUCUAGUGUUGUGGCUCCGCCCCUCACACACACUUUGACCUCAUGUGACCCCGUGACCUCCGACCCCUCGACCUCCACCGGCCCCCCGACCCUCAACAACAACACCAAGUCCAGCGGUGACAUCACUUCCUCCUCCACCAGCACAGGCGUAGAUGCUGGCGUCCGUACAGUGGAGAUCACACGGGGUGUGGGGGACUCCCUCGGGGUGAGCAUAGCGGGGGGGAAGGGCAGCCCGCUGGGUGACAUCCCCAUCUUCAUCGCCAUGAUUCAGGCCAACGGAGUCGCCGCCAAGACGCAUCGACUGAAG